UGUCUUUAUCAAUCAAUCAAAGCAUAUAGCUUUGAUAAAUGACUAACUUUUUUUCGAUUUAAUUAUUGAACGUUGGACGAUCCUGUAUUUCUCUGGGAGAAAAUUGAUCGUCGUUCUACUUCCGACGCCAAAUCGUAUGACUGCGUGUCAUUUAACUUGUAAGUGCCAGGAUUUUAUAUUCUUAGAAAACAACUAGCAUUUAGUACAUUUAUCAUUAUGCCGGCCCGAAUUUUUAUUUUUCAUGGCCGAAGCCUGUUUGGAAAGAAAGUUAAUGUCGUGAAAUGUAAGGAUAAAGUAGGCCUUUAAUGGGAGUAACCAUUCCUGUGGAACAGCAAGUCGAGUUCUACAUUACGAGAAUUUGAUUUGAAUCAAAGUCAACCGAAAUCAAAACACAGCGGAAGAAGUGCAACGCAGGUGUGAAAUUAGGGAAACAGGAUAAAUCAAGGAAUGGCUGGAUUUGAAAUCCGUUUUGUGAUAGUAAACAAUUUUUAUGAGAAGAACCAUGCCACAAGUUUACUCUUUUUGAAUUAGCACUGUGACUUUACAAUACCCUUCCUUGUUUAGUAAUAUUUUCUAUAAGGCUGUAAACAUUCAGGUAGAUGCAUUUUUCACAGCAUUUCUAGUAUGAAAAUAAAAAAACCUUUUUGGUGGUAGACAGUUCUCAGUUGCAAUCUUGGGUUCAUGCUUAAUUCGAUCAUUAGCCUUCUCAAAACUAUAUUAUAAUAGUUUUAUGUUAUUGCUUCUAUUAACAAAAAUAUUCUUUCAGUUAUUUGCUUCAUUUUUUAAAUAAGAUUUUUGUUAGUCAAAACUUGUUUUUUGUAGAAAGUUGUAAGAUAUGUAAUGUUUGAAAGCUGAUUCAAUUUUUGGACAUGCAAAGCUUUGUUAAGUUAUUUAAUAAAGGAAGUUGCACAUUUUUAUGCCAAUAGAGAUUGCGGAAGUGAUCCCUUUUUAUAUUUUUCAAUUUUAUUACAUACUUUCUAUCAAAGGUAACUGUAACUAUAAAAUAUAUUAUGAAUAUUCAGUAUAGUUGCCAAAAGCUAAUACAUUAUUAUGGGAUAUUGCUUUGAUAUACAAUUAUAAUGUGAUGAAACAAGAUUAAUUAUAAAGAGGAAUAAUUUAUAGGUAGAGAAGCUUUGACCCACAUUAAGGAGAGAAGCCACAACCCCCUAUAAACCUAGUUUUCACACUGGGCUAAUAUUGGAAGGUGUUUCGGUGGUUUGAUAAACACAAUAAAUUGUAUUUUCUAAGCAUAUUUAACAAAUAUGGCAAGGAUAAUUACAAUAAUUCCUCUUUUGUACCGAUUUCAGUACUAAAUGUGAAUAGCAAUAAGUCAGGCUGUCUUUUUCAAUCAAAGGAAAAGGUAUUGUGUUUCUUUUGGUGAAUGUAGGUGAAAUUAGAAGUCUUGCGACACAAUGGUUAUACUCCGAAAUUGUAAUGUUCUACAAGUUUAAGGAAUGCUUUCACUCAUUAUUUACAUCAGGGUGGUAGGUUUUUCGGUGUCAUCUUUGCCUCUUUUCUCUGGCCACCCAUUGCAUGUUGCUGUGUCCUAGCUGUAAUAGAAGUCUUUGUUUUUUCAGCAUCUCCAUCCAUUAUCUAAAUAAAUAGGGUGGUAAGACUGAAAACAGAUCCUGUAUUGUUUGUUUCCUUUUAUGAAACAUACAAAAAUUCUUCAGUGAACACAGAUAUAAAAAACAGUUCCAUUCCAUAUUGGUUUUCCAAUUUAACGCACUAUGUUUCACCCAGACAACUUUCACCACCUUUUCAACAGCUUGUGUAUUGCUGUUAGUUUGGGAAUCAAAAUCCUCAGACAAUAGCCUUGUCAAACAGAAUCAUGAUUUUGAUGAAUAUCUCCCAAAUUGUUGUAGAAUAGUUACAAUUUUCAACAGGAAAAGGAAUGAUGAUCAUAUAUUAUUAUCAUGAAACAAUUUUCAUAAUUUUAUUAAAUUGACCAGUUGAUUUUGAAAUCAGCACAUUGACACUUUCAGGAGUGUGUUACUGCUAGUUGGUAAACAUUAAUGUACAUGUGUCCAUUUGUUUAUCCAUUGUAGUGGAAUCAUGGUGUAUAACUACUUUUGUGAUAUAAAAGAAUAUGUUUUCUUUGUAGCCAUUCAUCCAGUUGUCUCUGUUUAAACUGUAAGGAAAUUAUUUCCUUUCAACUGGUCUAACGUUUAUUUUUAUUUUUGAUGUGCUUCAAGGAAACCAGUCAGUAAUUUUGAUUCAAAAAAGUUUAAUAAAAUCAUUGUAGUGAUGUUUGUUGCCUUUGUGGUAUGUACUAAGGAAAUUUCUUUCUCAAUGUAUGGGUCCUUUCUUUUUGAUUAACCAAUCUCAGUAAACAUUAAAGCAUGUUAUAAUUGGACACCUGCAAAACUGACUAAAGAAAGACUCUCCAAUCUUAUUGAGAUAAGCUAGGUUCACAAGCCUGAAGUGAGUUUGAGAGGUGUGAUUUAAUGUCAAAAAACCUCCGUUUUGUCCACCUUGAUGAACCCAAUAUGAUAAAGUGGUUUGACGCCGAACAGUUUUUCGUUCAGUAUAAUAGUUAAGUCAUUUUCAAAAUGGAGCAUUAGAUGGGCGGAGAUACGGCACAUACCACAAUAAAAAUCAGCGGUAUGGUUUGUAUGUCAUGUGUGAACUCUAUAGAGAGCCAGCUCGGCAAGCAGCUGGGCGUGGUCAGCAUCAACGUCAUCCUGCAACAAGAGCUAGCUGAGAUAACUUAUGACCCUCUUCUGACUUCAGUCAAAAAACUUUGUAAAUUGAUUGAGGAUAUUGGAUUCGAGGCUAGCUCGUCGCCAUGUGAUAAUACCGAUAAUGAUAGUUAUGAUGACUAUAAUGACAUUAUGGAAGUUGUCAUCGACGUAGAAGGAAUGGUGUGUAUGUCUUGCGUUGAGAGCAUCGAAAGUGUCGUUGGUGACCGCCAGGGGGUUGUUGAGAUUGCAGUGUCUUUAAAUGAAAAAACAGCUUCUAUCAAGUAUGUUGUUGGCAAAGAAACAGAAGCCAGCCUAAUAGAUGCAAUUUCAGAAAUGGGUUUCGAUGCAUCUCCAAAAACAAAUUGUACAACAAGAGACAACAAGAAUGUCACAGUUGAUAUUACCGGUAUGACAUGUAACUCGUGUGUUCAAUCCAUAGAGGAAAUGAUAUCUGGUGUCCCUGGUGUGAGUCUCAUCAAGGUUUCGUUAGAAAAUGAAAACGCCUUGGUGUCCUACAAUUCAACCGUUACAACAGCUGAACAAAUUUGUGAUCAAAUUGAAGAUAUGGGUUUUGAAGCAAAGAUAGCUACUCCAGGAUCUGGAAGCACUGUAUUUAAGCUAAGCCCGUGCAGCUCGCCAGAAGCUAGUCCACAGCUCAGCGUCAAAUUUAGAAGAGUUGACAAGAUACCAAAAGUCAAUGGUGUUCACUUUGAUGCGAAUCAGACUGAUGGCCUCGUUACCAUUCCUCUGAAUGACAGCAACAUGGAUAAGUUACCGACUGCCAAAGGCUUGUAUCUCGUCACUGGAAUGAGCUGUUCCUCGUGUGUAGCAAAGAUUGAAAGAGAGGUUGCAAAAAGGCCAGGAAUUCAUUCGGUUCUCGUAAGUUUGCUCGCACAAAAGGCAGAAAUAGUGUAUGCCCCCGAGGAGACUGACGAACAGCUGAUUAAGAAUUAUAUCAAAGAUCUUGGCUUUGGUGCUGAAAUAUUAGAGGCGUCUGCAGGACAGCACAUCGUUGAAGUUCAGAUUCCGAGCAUGGAUGACGAGGCUGCCAUUUAUGCGGUGACUACCGCUAUCCAGAAUAAGCAAGGUGUCAACUCAGUUUCGCUUGAUUCAUCCUCAAAAACAGUCAAAGUUUCUUACGAGCCGUCACAAACAGGAGCUCGUGACAUCAUAGAUGACAUCAGGAAAGCAGGCUUUCCAGACGCACAUUUGGCUUCAAAAGGAAACAACAUUUCUAGUCACGGAGAGGAAAUACUACAGUGGAAGACCUCAUUCUUAUGUUCUUUGGUGUUUGGCCUUCCGGUCUUCAUCGUUACCGUAGUUUACAUGGUGCUACACCAUCGCAGCCAUUUCGAAGACAUCAAAAUCAUCGAUGGAGUUUCCUUACAAAAUUUUCUGCUGUUUUCUCUCUGCACGAUUGUCCAGGUCGUUGGUGGCAAACAUUUUUAUGUAUCGGCAUACAAAUCCAUGAAGCACAAAGCAGCUAAUAUGGAUGUAUUAAUAGUUCUUGCGACAGGGAUAUCAUAUCUGUAUUCUGUCAUGGUCUUGUUCAUUGCAAUAGCAGAGCGGUCUGCACAUAGUCCGAAGACGUUUUUUGAAACUCCGCCUAUGCUGUUUACAUUCGUGUCCUUGGGGCGUUGGCUAGAGAACAUUGCAAAACGCAAGACAUCAGAGGCUCUCAGCCGCUUGCUUUCGCUGCAGCCAACCGAAGGAAGCCUAGUCAAGAUCGACAAAAACACAAAUGAUAUUUUAUCAGAACAGAAAAUUGAUGUUGAGUUAAUACAACGUGGCGAUAUUUUACAGGUCAAACCUGGUGGAAAGAUUCCUGUUGACGGGAACGUUAGCUUUGGGUCAUCUUCCGUUGAUGAGUCAAUUAUUACGGGCGAAUCCUUUCCGGUUGCGAAAUCUGUGAAGGAUCGGGUAAUUGGCGGGACAAUCAAUCAGGAUGGUGUCCUUUUUGUAGAAGCGACCCACGUUGGCCAGGACUCAACGUUGUCCCAAAUUGUCAAGCUCGUCGAAGAGGCGCAGACAUCUAAGGCUCCAAUACAGCGUGUUGCUGACACAAUUGCUGGGAUUUUUGUACCUACCAUUGUAUUUCUGUCUUUGAUGACCCUAAUAAUAUGGGUUGUUGUUGGAUUCUCGCGUCCGGAUUGGGUUCAUGAACAUUUCAAGACUCCACUUCAUAGAAAGAGUGAGGUCAUUGUACAAUUUGCAUUCAGAUGCGCCAUCUCUGUAUUAUGCAUUGCAUGUCCUUGUGCGCUUGGUCUAGCUACACCAACGGCUGUAAUGGUCGGAACGGGGGUCGGUGCACAGAAUGGGAUUCUCAUCAAAGGAGGAGAGCCAUUGGAAGUGGCGCAUAAGGUAUCAACAGUUAUUUUCGACAAGACUGGGACAGUCACUCACGGCAAACCGAAAGUCACGAAUCUUACAUUGUUCACUGAUCUGAAAAAGAUGCCUUUCAAGCUGAUGUUAGCCUUGAUCGGGACUGCGGAAUCGAGGAGUGAGCAUCCUCUCGCCAGAGCUGUGAAGGAGUACGCUUGUGAGAUGCUGGGACUGGAGACACUCGGACGGUGCGUCACUUUCAUGGCGCUGCCAGGCUUCGGUUUGUCAUGCAGAAUCAGCGAUGUCGACUUCUUAAAAAAGACUGGCCCACUAUCGUCGUUUAAGCGAAGUGCGUUAGAAGUGAGGGUAAAUGGUGUAUUGUGCGAAAACGAUGUUGAUAGAGGCGUUAACCGUAGAAUCUUGACUGAUCUUAAUGUUGACGAUAUUAAUGAAAAUUCGGAACUGAAUACAAAAGGGCCUUUUGAUGUUUACAUUGGGAAUAGAGAAUUAAUGAAGAAACAGAAUAUUGAAAUUGCACCAGAUGCAGAUCAGCAGAUCAGAGAGUUGGAAGAAAAAGGCAAAACUGGAGUUUUUGUGGCUGUUAAUGGAGAACUGGUAGCAACGGUUGCCAUUGCUGAUUCUCUGAAAGAUGAAUCAAAAUUGGCAGUUAGCAGGCUGCACCAAAUGGGCAUGAAGGUAAUUCUACUGACGGGUGACAACGAGCGGACAGCUAACGCCAUCGCUAACCAGCUGGGUAUAGACACCGUGUUUGCUGGCGUAUUACCUAAUCACAAGGUGAAAAAAGUUAAAAGUCUUCAAAUGGCUGGCAGUGUGGUCGCCAUGGUUGGUGAUGGUAUUAACGAUUCGCCAGCUCUGGCACAAGCAGAUCUUGGUGUUGCCAUAGGAACUGGAACUGAUGUCGCUGUUGAGGCCGCUGACAUAGUGCUAAUCAACAACAAUUUGAUGGACUUUGUUGCUGCAAUAGAUCUGUCCAGGAAGACUGUCAGUCGCAUUCGUAUCAACUUCGUAUUUGCACUUGUUUACAAUAUGAUUGGAAUACCGAUUGCAGCUGGCAUUCUGCAACCGGUUGGUGUUGUCCUGGAACCGUGGAUGGCAAGUGCUGCCAUGGCAAUGUCAUCUGUUUCCGUGGUAACAUCAUCCCUGUGGCUUAAACGGUAUAAAAAGCCGUCUUAUCAUGAAAAUGAAGGCGACAACGAAAGACGCCUCGUAAAGCACCGGAAGGGGAAAUACCGGGUAUUUGCAGCAAUAAGCCGGCAACGAAGCUUGUCUGACUCAGAAUACGGACUGCUGUCUCAUCAGGAUGAAGAAUAGCAUUGCAAUUAAGAGUUUUUUUACAAAUUUAAUGAAAAUUUAUUUGAACCGAUGUUUUUAGAACAACGUUAAUGUUUAUAGAAAUGGCAUUAAUCUUACUUCAGCCGAUCAAUUGGACCUUGUAUUCGUAAUGGAGUGGAUCUAAUCUUUCAUAUUGGACAGAUGAUCCUAUUCAAGAUUGA